AUGGAGCAUGACAUAAUCAAUUCUUUUAAGCAAUUCAGCGCCACAGAGAAGCUCAGGAUACAAGAGAGGCAAAGGUCCAUCGCGAGAGAGUCCAAGGCCGUCAAACUCAACGAUCUGAAGAAGUUUUCUUCAGAUUUCAAGCUCAAUACUGCGAUUCCAGGGGAUCUUGUUCCGAUUCUGGCAAAGGAUGAGGCUAAGCAAAAGGAGAUAGUUCAGAAAUCAAUGAAAGAGGCGCGGUCAUUUUACGAUAAAGAAGAGAACAGGAGGAGUGGUAACGGACUGGAAAUCAAGGCUGCCGCGCAGAGCCUUGUAAUUCCUGGUGUCUUUGUAGACCCUGCCGUCAUCUCUUCAAGGCUUGCUCCUCCUAGAUCGACUUCUAAAAAGCCACCACCCGAUGGUCCGGCGGUAGAGAUGCGUGCUGCUCCUAAGGCAGCUAAGAAAAAAUGGAUGCCAGUUCCAUACACCCCUAGUGUAGUUUUCAAUCUGGACAAGCCUUUAGUCACUGUCAGCGCUGCAGAAAAUAUCGAUGGACUGCUGGAACGGGUACACGGCAACCUCGGUAUCAAUUCCACUACAGCUACCGGACCGACUAGGGUCUCACACAACUCGGCUCCAAGAGGACAGGAAGGAUUGGCCAUGGGUGGCCGUCGUCCAGGCAACAUCACUUUCGGUUCCAUUCCAGCUAGCGGAUCGCCUGCCAUUUCAGACAACUUGCAUCCAGAAUCACAGGAAGAACUGGCCGUCCUUAACCGCCAGAAGGAACUUAAUUAUGCAAAAGCACGGUCGCCCUUCCAGACUGUAGAUGACGUAAACUGGGAGAUUGACCGUCUUCAGAAGCAAGUCGAUACGGGUAGAAUGAAGAUAGUGGACGAAAAGAAGGCCCUUUCGGAACUCAGCAGUCUCUACAAAGCACGAAAGAACGUCGCCGGAUUCGUUGAGCAGCAGAAGGCCAUCCAAGAAUUAGAGGCUCAGCUUGGCAGAUUACAGCAUGACUUUGAUCUUAAAAAGGAAUCAGGUGUAUUCAGGACAGAGCCCAGCGACAAAUAUAGUGCAGCCCGCCGGGCCUAUCCCAUCGAUCGUGCGAAUGGAGCUAUCGCUAUGCCCCCUCGAGUCACUUCGGAAGCCAUAGAUGGCAUCUUCGCUGAAUCUUCUAGAGGAACUGAAUUCAAUACCCCGAGAAGCUCGUCAUUCCGAGGCACAGAGUCGACUGCUCCGGCCACUUUCUCAGGCGAGCCAACAAGAACUUUCGACAAAACCCAGAUCGUACAGCAUCGCAUAAUUGAAGAAGAGGAAACGGAUAGAAUUGAAGAGUCCGAGGCUCCUGUACUUGAUGGCCAAUCUACGAUAUCGGCUGACUCGGUCAUUGUCUUAACUCCUCAACAACGGACGGAUGUAAUAAAGAAAUUUUCGGGGGCACUCAUACGAGACUUACCUAGUAAAUGCUUCACCUCCCAUGGCAAGGCUUUCGAGGAAUCCACUUUUCGUCGGCAGUUUACCAGCUGUAUCAAGGGCUACUCAAAGCAAGUCAUGGAAGGGGCUGCUCGGCGGUCUCACCAGAGGCAAGCGUCUAAAGCUAUCCGGAUUCUCAGAAAUGACAUAUUGAACAAAUGCUAUGAAGCACUAGGGGGCUUCGAUCGCCUAGAGCGGAGUUACCCUAGCAUCAUACUUCAGGCGCAGGAGCAAAAUCUUCCCGAGAAAUCAAUUGCAGAGAAAGUUAGCGACUGGACGUACGAGCCGUCUCAAGAUGCCAUCGACGACUCUUUGCACAGACGUCAAUACUCCCAUUAUCUGGAUCCACUUUCGGAAGAGUUUUCCAGCGUUUCAAAAGCAUAUGCGAUCUCAAACCCUGCUCCCAAUCCACCCAGUGAUGUUAGUAGUUCAUCCCUUACAGAUGCAGACAGUUGGAGUCAAAGCGAUUCUCGGGGUCAAGAUGAUAGCAAUGAUAUCAAUACAGAAGACAAACCUGUAUAUACAUAUCUGACUGAGCAUCCGGCAUUCUCAGAGCUGGUGGAUGAGCUCAGAACAAUAGUGGAACGGCAGUUCUGUGAUCAAAAGGAAUUGAUUCACCAUCGAAUUCUACUAGCCAUUCGGCGUCCUGGAAUGAUACAUCCAACACCGGGGGGGCUCUUCCAGGCGGAGUUCUUUACCGAGUGGGAUAUUUUGAGUUUUCUCGACACUCAAUACCCUUUACGAACAUCACACAACCUCCGUCCAAUUAUUGCUAUUACAGGUGGGCCCACCAAUGCGCAGUUGACUACGGUUGAGGAAUACCUUCGGCAAAACUGGCCAAUUCACACUUGGGAACUGAUUGAUGCGUUGAAUACUGCCAUUGAAAAGACGAAUUCCAAAUUCCCGUCCGAGCAAAACGAUACUUCGGAAUGGAAAAUUCACGUCUCGCUGAGGGAUAUGAGAAUCUCCGUGAAAGGUUCGGAAGAUUUCAUCGUCGCGGUUGGUCAACAGCUCGCAUGGCUAGGAGCAGCUUGCCGAACUUCCAUUGGGCAAUUAGCACACUCUUACGUCACCUUCACUGAGUUAAAUCUGACAGAUACUGGUAACCUACCAAAACCGACAUUCCAGAUACGAUACGAAGUCUUACAUCUCCUUCCCCAAGAGCCAACAAGCUGCUGGAACGAUCUUGUUGGAGAUUCAGUCGUGGUCGCCAGUUUUCCUAUUCCGGAGCGUCACCCCAACGCGGUCGGCCUUGAGGUUUCUUUGCAGAUUAUGGCAGCGCUUGCCAAUAUACCUCUCGUCACUUGCUUCCGCGGUGGCUACGUUCUCAAAGGUCGUUCGCUUCUAUUUGUUCCAGUCAAACGCGAGAACGAUUUUGUUCAAUGGCAUCUUCUGAAUAAACCUGGAGGUCGGAUUUCCUAUCACGAAGCAGUCCAUUUGUUUCCUGAUCGGCUCUCUGUUGAAGAGCUUGAUGAAGAGGCUCUUAUUACUACCAAAUGCUUUCUAGGGUGGUGUUCAGAUUCUUUGUGUCGCCUAGCGAGCAAAGACUAUGACUAUUCCUCCGUCGGCUACACUAAGACAUCAUACCUUUCUAAGAGAGUGGUUUCACUCACUGGAGCUAGCGUUGGGUUCCAACAAUUCGGCGCUGGAAGUCUGCAGUUCGCAAUAUCCAAAAAGGAUGGGAUGCAUCAUGCGGACAGGGCGCAAUUCUAUGCCGAUCUGCUAGAUGAUGCAAAACAAGUUCCAGUCAUUUUGCAGGAUAUGGAGGACCGUCGUGCCUGGUAUACCGAUGGAGAAACCGCCAUACUUCACAUCAUCUUGCAUCGACACGUCCUAAAGCCCUUUGAAGUUGACCAAAUGGUCGGGAUUGUAUCCGCAGAUCCAAACGAUCAACAAUCUGUGAGACAGGCAAUGCUUAGCAACGCAGAUACUCCAAUGAUUUGCGACAGGAGCAUGAAAAAUCCCGGCUUACAGUCUAAAAGAUUCAAGCACCUCGUAGGGGAACUAUACUCUAUGCUCGAGGGAUUCAUGGCGCAGACAAUUGACAUCGCCAAAACCGGAGUCGAGAUGAAACUGAACUGGAAAAAGCAUGUUCAAGGAUGGGAAUACAUGGAUCUAGUAAACAGGAAACUCAAUCCACGUCUGCGAGAAACCGAGCUGAAAUCCACUUGCGGAAAUUGGCCGGAAUUGGCGCGCGAUCGCAAUGCGGUCAUUCUCUUUGGUAAUCGUCUCCAGAACAUCAUCGACCCGCAUCCAUCAGUUCGACUCUGCAAACAAUUCAAGGAACUGCCAAAAUACAAAGACUACCUCGCCAUCCAAAGUACCACGCUUGAAGAGAUGUAUCUCGAAAGUGGGUCAGCAGAGGAUCGAGAACAAGUAACAAUAACCGGCCUUCAAUUACACCGCUCUCAGCACCUAUUCGAGAGCUGUCCACGCUCUACGGCCCACACGGAUAGCUGCAAAUGUGAUCGUAUCCAGCAGCUCGUCCCGAAGGGUGGGAAGAGGAAGAUAAAGCCUGUCCCAAAAUCAAGCGGCUCAGGGGCUGUUAUAAUCGGACAAGGCUCAGCGUCUUGGAUCAACGACUUGGGAUGGAGACCUUUCCGGAAUGCAAUCCAACCUCGAGCUUCUCAUACGCAAAGCCAACCCACACAGCUUUCUCCGCAAGCGAAAUCCCCACGGCAGCCUCAUUUCAUAUCCCGAAUUCUGGGGCCUCAAGUAGCGACAUACUCUCGAGACACUCUUCAAAUACUCUCUCGCUAUCAACCAUCACCAACCCAACCACGAUUAUGUCUGAUACAGGAUCUGCGAGGUCUCAAGAGCAAAGUGCCAGCCCAUCAGACACAAAGAUUCUCUAGCGAAACUCACGGAAGCUCUGCACAACCAGAUCAAACCGGUCAGCACGAGCGAGAUCAGAGACGCCCACCCUCCAUGCAAAAUGGACCAGGACUUUUGCCGGCAAAGCAGUAUUAUAAUCCGUCAUUCGCAAUGAAGAAGCCUGCUCGGCCCACGUUCGUCGAUAAUACCCAAUACCCUAGAAAACCCACUUUGAAAGAUGCACCACGCUUGUCCAGUCUACCGUUGAAACCAAACGACAGCUCAUGGAUGUAUGCGAAUCCAGAGCCUCGCCUGCUACCUGGCAAAUGCGAGCCAAACUAUCGCAGAGGGGAUUUCCUUGCACCAAUCCUGAAAGCGCGCCAACAGCAAGCUAUGCCUACGUCAACACCAGUACCUCGGCUGCGGCUGCGGCGGAGACCCCGUUUCGACGAGGUUGAAGUCCCCCAGGAUUCUGCGUCAGUUUCUCGGGGAGGUUCUGUUAUAGAGAAUGGUUAA